AUGUGUCAACUUUUUAAGGUUCGUGAACAACACGCAUCCACACACACUUUAGAUGCUUUUGAUAUUGACAAGGGUGUGUACAAAGUUCGAGCAAGGUACCAAAGAAAUGCACAAGGGGGAAAUGACUUCACUGUCAAGUUUAAGGACAAGACUUGCUCGUGUGGAAUUUGGCAAACUCAAAGAUUUUCUUGUUCUCAUGCAAUUGGUGUUUGUGGGCAUACUGAUACGAAUGUAGGUGACAUGCUAAGUAGAUACUACACAACAAGGACGUGGAGAAGCCAAUAUCAAGCAACAUUUAAUCCGCUUCGAGAUGUUGCCUAUUGGAGAGAGCCAACUUGGAUGAUUAAGGCAGAUUCAUCAAACAUGGUGAGGCAAAGGGGCAGGAGACAAACAAGACGGAUCCGAAAUGAGAUGGAUAAUCCCGACAACAGUUCCACCCAAUCCAGAAAAUGUGGUAUUUGUAGUCAACCCGACCAUAAUAAGAGUAGUGUCCUAAUAGAGGAUAAGAUGUUUGUUUUCUUUCUAUGUAUUAUUAAAUAA